AUGUUCCGGGCGCCGGAGAGUGAGGGAGGCCGGGCUGGCUCCAGGGCCAUGAAGCCCCCGGGAGGAGAGCUGAGUGAUCGUCCAGAAGAAGCCGCAUCUCCACGCAGGCCCGACAGGAUGGCAUCUAAUAUUUUUGGAUCAACUGAAGAACCUCAGAACAUACCCAAAAGGACCAAUCCCCCUGGGGGGAAAGGAAGUGGUAUAUUUGACGAAUCCAUGCCUGUGCAGACUCGACAGCGUCUGAACCCCCCUGGUGGGAAGACCAGUGACAUUUUUGGCUCCCCAGUCGCUGCUACUUCACCCAUGGCACACCCAAACAAACCCAAGGACCACGUGUUCCUGUGUGAGGGAGAGGACACACUGGACCUUAGAGCCACAGCCAGCGCCUCCCCCAGACAAGAGCCGGGUGAGCCAGGUGGCCCGAGAGAAGCAGCCCGCACCCAGGAGCCUGCACCCACCGUUGACAGCCAUGAGCCCAGGCUGGGCCCGAGGCCUCGCUCCCACAACAAAGUCCUGAACCCGCCUGGAGGCAAGUCCAGCAUCUCCUUCUACUAA